CCGUCAGCGAUGGCAUCUGCUGGUCUGAGAAGAGGACUGGAAUGUUCCAUCUGUUUUAACUUUUAUACCAAUCCUGUAACCCUGAGAUGUGGACACAAGUUCUGCCGGGACUGUAUUGAUCAAGUCCCGAAUACACUGGACGGGUCUGGAGUUUAUGCCUGUCCUGAAUGUAGAGCACAGUUUCAGGAGCGUCCUGCACUGCAGAAGAACAUAACUCUGUGUAGGUUAGUGAAGAUUUUCCAGUUUACUCAGCCACAUCAGGAGGAAACCAAAAUGUGGUGCACUUACUGCGUAGACUAUCCUGUACCUGCUGUUAAAUCCUGUCUGCACUGUGAAGCUUCUCUAUGUGAUAAACACCUGAGGUUUCACAGCAAGUCAGCAGAACAUGUCCUAACUGAAGCCAGCACAUCCCUGAAGAACAGGAAAUGCUCCAUCCAUAAGAAGAUUCUGGAAUAUUACUGCACCAGCGAUGCCACUUGCAUUUGUGUGUCCUGUUGUCUGAUUGGAGAACAUCAGGGGCAUGAAAUAAAGUCUCUAGAUGAGGCUUCUGAGAUAGGAAAAAAGAAACUUAGAAAUGGUCUGCAGAAACUGAUCACAAAGAGAGAGGAGAUUGAGGAAAGAGUCUGGAGUCUAGAGGACUGUUGGAGAAAAGCUAAAGUAAAAGCAGCUGGAAAAGCAGAGAGUGUCACUGCCCUGUUUAUAGACAUUAGAAGACGGAUAGAUGAUGUGGAGAAGAGGAUCAUGACUGAGUUCUCCAGGCAGGAAGAGCAGGUGUCACUGUCGCUCUCCUCUCUGAUCCACAAGUUAGAAAUAAAUAUGGAACAGCUCUCUAGGUUGAUGAGGUACAUUGAGGAGGUGUGUAACAUAACUGAUCCUCUUAUUUUUUUGCGGGCAUUAGACACACGUAACUUGUGCGAUCCAGAGGAGGAGGAAGGUGUUGAAGACACCCUGACACAUGAUGGAGGUGAUUGGGGUGCGGAGUUGAUCUCUCGCAUAUCACAGACAUUAUCUGAUAUAAUAAGAGAUAUAAAUGUAACUUUCAGUUGCAGAGGGUCCUGCAGACAUAUUACUGGAUGUAAACACGGCUGCUAAUAAUAUCCACAUAUCAGAUGACCUGAAAACUGUGUCACGGACACUGAUGAACCAAAAUCGUCUAGAAACUGCAUUGAAAUUUGAGGAGAAUCAGGUGAUAAGCAGGAAUAGUUUUUCAUCGGGGCGACAAUACUG